ACGGAUUUGAAUAACCAUUUGUUGGAUUUGAAGACUAGUGUCGAGACAUUGAGUUCGCAAUUGUCGGACAAAAAGAGUCACAAAACGGAUCUGACGAACAAAACGAAGAGUUUGAUGAAAAAAGUGGAGGAAAUGGAGAACAGAGUGAAAGACUUGAAACAACAAAACCAUUCAAACGAUUCAAAUGAAUACAUGGUUUUGGCGUCAGUUAUGCGAGUGAUGUAUAAGACAUGGAAUAACUCACAAGUGGUCGGAUUGCUUUUCAAUGACAACGAAGAGAAGAGUUUAGAGAAACUUAUAGUUAUGGACAACGAGAAGAAAUGCGAGAAAACAAUGUCUCAACAGUUCUGGCGGUCACUCAAUACUGACUAUCAACUCGACGACUGAUCCAUCCAUCCAUCCAUCCAUUUCAACAUUUAAUUUCAUUUUCUAUAUGAAUUCAGAGCACUUGUAGCUCACACCCUAACCCUUUAUUGUAGCCAUUUUUAGAUAAUAAAUACCGU